UUUUUAUGUGUCGAAUGUGACGACACGAAAUUGAAGCCACAGUGUGGUGACGUAGCACAGCGACACGUCAACAACCCGGAAGUAGGUCUCCAACCGUCCAACCUGCCUCUCUGUGUUCCUGCUCCACUCAAAGGGUCGUAUUCUUAUCGAAAUGGGAGGUUUCUUCUCUAGUCUCUUCUCGGGCCUGUUUGGCACCAGGGAGAUGAGGAUUCUGAUCCUGGGUUUGGACGGCGCUGGAAAGACAACCAUUCUGUACCGGCUGCAGGUUGGAGAGGUGGUCACUACAAUCCCCACAAUCGGUUUCAACGUGGAGACAGUCACAUACAAAAAUCUGAAGUUCCAGGUGUGGGAUCUGGGAGGACAGACGAGUAUCAGGCCCUACUGGCGGUGUUACUACUCGAACACAGAUGCAGUCAUCUACGUCGUCGACAGCAGCGACCGCGACAGGAUGGGCAUCUCGAAGUCUGAGCUGGUGGCCAUGUUGGAGGAGGAAGAGCUAAAGAAAGCUAUCCUGGUGGUAUUUGCAAACAAACAGGAUAUGGACCAGGCAAUGACGCCCGCUGAGGUGGCCAACUCUCUGGGCCUUCCCGCCCUCAAAGACAGAAAAUGGCAGAUCUUCAAGACCUCGGCCACAAAGGGCACAGGCCUGGAUGAAGCAAUGGAAUGGCUGGUGGAUUCCCUCAAGAGUCGGCAGUAAAAAGCUCCCACCCAUUCUGUAUAUACUCCUGACCUUUGACCCCUACUGUAUGAAGCCUUGUGACUGACCCCUCCCCAAGACCCUCUUUCCACUGGACCCGUGAUUGCACUCCUGCCCGCCUCCAACCCACCUGAAGCCUUGGCCAAGCCCUCCCAAUGCCUAACGCCUUUCAAGCCUGGGACUUACAAGUGAAGGCUGCAGUAAUGUCUGGACUGGGCACACACACAAACACACACACACACAGUCCCAUCCCUCCGAAUGCUGGUGGCACAAGUGAAGGUUUUAGAGAGCUGUACGACUUCAGCGAUGGACAAGUUAGUAUCUGCAUUUUUAUGUGCUUUGGAAAUGCAAAAAAACACAACAACUAAACCCCUGUGAACAGACAUGUUAAACAUUGCUAAUUUCACAAUUCCGUUUGUAAGUGUCAACACUGAAGUUAUCAUGGAUUAAGAAGAAUAUCUAAGUAACGCUCUGUGAAAAGCCGGUCCAUCUCUAACCCUCUGUAGAGUUUCUGAAAUCAGAUCAUCUUCACUGGACAAUGCAUCGGUUAGCUUCAUCUUCUCCCAGUGGGGUUAAGUAGUUUGCUUGUAGUGAAGCCAGACUAUGAUCUGUAGUUGAUGUGCUCUAAUAUCAGCAAGAUGUAAUGAAGAUCCAGUGUUUUUUACCAUAAAGGAAGUUCCACAGUACAAAUUUCAGUCCUGCUCCUGAACUGAGCAACCAGAGACGAGGACACAUCACCGAGAAGCUACUGCUUGAUCGCCAACUCAUUAGACAAUAUUUCAUAGUAUGCUGGACUAGCCAUACCUCUCUGUAAACAAUCUGCCGGUUUCUACGAAAUGUUCUGAUUUAUUAUUUUUGGAAAUUUGGCCUCAAUAAGUGUAAAAAAAAAAAAAAAAAAAAAAGAAGUACUCCACUACAAGUCCUCUGGCCAUGUGUUACUGCAGCCUGGGCUGUUUUUGUACCAUAUAUAGUCAGUCAGGCAGAUACAUCGUCAUAGAUUUCUAUUGUUUUUCCUCCUGUUUAUUUGUGUUGUUCCCACUUUUUUUAAAGAAAAGAAAUAAUUAAGUAGUUUAGACUUUUUUUUCCAUUGAAAAUUCUCGAGUGCAGCUUUGGCAUAUUAGUCAUUUAGUUACUGAACACUAACUGUAUGCUCAAAGUUUUAUGGUUGCAUAUUUAUAUCUGCUUGUACAGUGAAAUUUAUUCUCAGUAAAGAUUGCUAUCAGUGAUUGUA